UUCUGCAUAGCUCAGAUGGAAAACUAUACGUACAACAGCCUCACUCUUCAGAUCGAGGGGUUAGCGGUCUCCAACUCUAACAAGUACCCCAUCUUCUUAUUCCUGCUCUUGGCCUACUUGUUCAUCUUAAUUGCCAAUGUGGGCAUUGUGAUCCUGAUAUGGACAGAGAGAAGCCUCCACCAGCCGAUGUACCUCCUUUUCUGCAACCUGUCGAUAAACGACGUUAUGGGAAACUCUCUCCUGGUUCCACAGCUGCUCUCAGACAUCCUGGCGCCCCCGUCUGAGCGCCUUAUUCACUACUACGCGUGUCUGAUGCAAGCUUUUACCACACACAUGUUUAGCACCAAUGCUCACACGGUGCUCAUGGUUAUGGCCUUUGACAGAUAUGUGGCCAUCUGUAAUCCCCUGCGCUAUGCUGCCAUAAUGACCAACAAAAUGGUGGUGAAGCUGACAGUUUCUGCCUGGGGGGUGGCCUUUGUUUUGGUCGGGAUUCUGCUCGGUCUGACCAUACGGCUGAACCGAUGUAGGACUCUGAUCACAAACCCUUACUGUGACAAUGCCUCACUGUUUAAACUCUCCUGUGAGAGUGUGUAUGCCAAUAACAUCUAUGGCCUCACUUUCACUGUAGUCCUGCUCUCGUCCUCUAUCGGCAGUGUAAUCCUCACCUACUCUAAAAUCACAGCAGCGUGUUUGACGAGUAAGAGCAAGUCUUUGAACAGUAGAGCUUUGAAGACCUGCAGCACUCAUCUGUGCCUGUAUAUGAUCAUGCUCGUCAGUGGGUUUACUAUCAUCAUCCUCCAUCGCUUCCCCCAGUACGCUGAGUACAGGAAGAUGACGGCCAUAAUGUUUAACGUUAUUCCCGGCAGCCUCAACCCCGUCAUCUACGGGCUGCAGUCCAAAGAAAUACACAAAUGUUUGUCAAAUAUAGUCCACCUGAGAAAAAUUACACCAUCUAUUUAA